AUGACCGACCAACCUCCACUUUCGGGAUUAACCUCUACUGAAAUCAGUGACGCUGCCAGGGAGGUUGGUGCACCAGGGCGGAAGGGAGGAGGGGUAGAGGCCGGGCGUUACCAGUUUGAGAGAAAAUUGGAGGAACUCGCCCUCUCGAACUGUGUGCACGCAUAUGUUCGUGUGGCAGACAAGACGAAUGGAGAGCAGCUGUUGACGCUCUCCUCCCCAUCGCCCCAACUUUCUAAUCCCGAAUUGCCUAAUCAGUGA